AUGGGGACCGAGCGCAAGCGUAAGAUCAGCCUCUUUGACGUUCCGCCGGAGACGAGCCGUCAGAAGGUGGACGGAUUCGCAGAUGCGACGUCGGCGGCGGCGGCUGUUAUCGCCGCGGCGUCGGCGAAUGUAAUGGCCGCGGCGGCGGUGACGACGAUAAACCCGUAUAACGGCCGGCCGUACACGCAGCGGUAUUUCGACAUUCUCGAGAAGCGGAAAACGCUGCCGGUGUGGCAGCAGAAGCAGGAAUUCGUGGAUCUGUUGAAGAAACAGCAGAUCAUCGUGCUCGUGGGAGAGACGGGUAGCGGGAAAACCACGCAGAUUCCGCAAUUCGUGGUGGAGUGUCUCAACGCGACGAACAAGAAGCAGGUGGCGUGCACGCAGCCGCGACGAGUGGCGGCGAUGUCGGUGUCGCGGCGAGUGGCGGACGAGAUGGACGUGACCAUCGGCGAGGAGGUGGGCUACUCCAUCCGAUUCGAGGACUGCAGCGGUCCCAAAACCAGCCUCAAAUACCUCACGGAUGGUAUGCUGUUGAGAGAGGCCAUGGCCGAUCCCCUGUUGGAGAGGUACAAGGCGAUCAUUCUGGACGAGGCGCACGAGCGCACGCUGGCGACGGACGUGCUGUUUGGGCUGCUCAAGGCCGUGCUGGAGCACCGGAAAGACCUCAAGCUCGUCGUCAUGAGCGCCACUCUCGAGGCCGAGAAGUUUCAGGGCUACUUCCACGGCGCGCCCCUCAUGAAGGUCCCCGGCAGGCUGCACCCCGUCGAGAUUUUCUACACUCAGGAGCCAGAGCGGGACUACCUAGAAGCAGCCAUUCGCACGGUGGUGCAGAUCCACAUGUGUGAGCCGCCGGGGGACAUUCUCGUGUUCCUCACGGGGGAGGAGGAGAUUGAGGACGCGUGCAAGAAGAUUGCCCGUGAGGUGCAGAACAUGGGCGACCAGGUGGGGCCCGUCAAGGUCGUCCCGCUCUACUCCACUCUGCCGCCCGCCAUGCAGCAGAAAAUCUUCGACGCUGCCCCGCCGCCCGUGAAAGAAGGCGGGCCGCCCGGCCGAAAAAUCGUCAUUUCCACAAACAUCGCGGAAACCUCCCUCACGAUCGACGGAAUCGUCUACGUCAUCGACCCGGGUUUCUCCAAACAGAAGGUCUAUAACCCGAGGAUUCGAGUCGAGUCGCUCCUAGUCUCCCCGAUCUCCAAAGCCUCGGCGCACCAGCGGGCGGGUCGAGCCGGCCGAACGCAGCCCGGGAAAUGCUUCCGCCUCUACACGGAACGCUCCUUCCAAAAAGACCUCCAGGAGCAAACCUACCCGGAAAUCCUCCGAUCGAACCUUGCCAACGUCGUGCUAACCCUAAAAAAGCUCGGAAUUGACGAUCUCGUGCACUUUGACUUCAUGGAUCCGCCCGCCCCGGAGACCCUGAUGAGAGCGCUGGAGCUGCUGAACUACCUGGGCGCGCUGGACGAUGAGGGGAAUCUGACCAAGCUGGGCGAGCUCAUGAGCGAGUUUCCAUUGGACCCGCAGCUCUCCAAGAUGCUCGUUGUGUCCCCCGACUACAACUGCUCCAAUGAGAUCCUCUCGAUUACCGCCAUGCUCUCAGUGCCCAACUGCUUCAUUCGCCCGCGGGAGGCGCAGAAGCAGGCGGACGAGGCCAAGGCGCGCUUCUCCCACGAAGACGGCGACCACCUCACUCUCCUCAACGUUUUCCACGCCUACAAGCAGAACGGCGAAGACGCUAGCUGGUGCUACGACAACUUCGUCAACGCCCGGGCCCUCAAGGCGGCGGACAACGUGCGCAACCAGCUGGUGCGGAUUAUGAUGCGCUACGGGCUCAAGAUGUGCUCCACGGCGUUUGAGUCGUCCGCCUACUACCCCAACAUUCGCAAGGCUCUCUUGGCCGGAUUCUUCAUGCAGGUGGCGCAUUUGGAGAGGACAGGGCACUAUCUGACAGUCAAGGACAAUCAGAUCGUGCACCUGCAUCCGUCAACAGGGCUGUCCCACAAGCCAGAGUGGGUGAUCUACAACGAGUUUGUGCUCACCACCCGGAACUUCAUCCGCGUUGUCACCGACGUCAAGGGCGACUGGCUACUGGACAUUGCUCCGCAUUACUACGACUUGGCCAACUUCCCUCAGUGCGAGGCGCGACGAGUGCUGGAGCGCAUCGUGCUCGUGCGCAACCGGGACAGAGUCGAGGCAGCUAAAAAGGGGGAUAGCUAG